AUGGUUCCGCUGAACGAGAGUCCCGUACAGCAGCGUCUGGCGGAUAGUACCGGGACAGGAUGUGGGCUGCAGGUAACUAGUCUCCCAUCCCCGUUAGAUUGCAGUGAGGACAUGGACGUCACUCUCCUGCAGCUUCACGUAUCGGCGGGAAAUAGCGAGAGGCGUGUCCUGAGAGCUCGUUCACAGCUAGCCAAUGGGGAGCGUCCGCUGUGCCGAGGGGCGCUCAGUGUUGCGUUCGGGGAGCGGCGCCGUAGGGUGCAGGAGCAGAUACCGGGUAUGGAUAGAACACCCGCACCAGUGGAGGGGAAGGAUCGUUCACCGAAAGAUAUCAGUAUGGAAUCUGUUUGUGAAGAUCCGUUAAGCUGUGCCCUGUUGGAUUCUGCAUUGGAUAUGUUUCCAGGACAUUUGGAGUGUCAGCAGAUCCUUACAGACAUUGAUGAGAAGCUAAAAGAGAAUUCUUUAUGUAUCAGCAUGGAAGAAUGUCUGGAAAAGCUGCGUUUGGAAACAAAUGAAAAGUGUGGCGGUGUUCUGCAAAACAAUGAGGACUACUUGAAGUGGCUAAAUAAUCACACUAUGUCCUGCUCGCUGUUUGAUAUUCCCUUCUCAGAUGUCAUGGCGUUCCUUCAGACUGUGCAACAUUUGUUGAAAAACAGCAAAGGUCAGGAAGAUAUGAUCCUGCAGCUUCUAGUAGACCUUUCCAGUGAGUGCGGUGUAACUUUUCCUACUUCAGCCAGUGGAAGAUCCUUUCAGUGCACAUCUCAGACCUCACUACAUGCUAUUGAUGAUGACCUGUCCAUGGAUUUGCAGACUGUAUGGGAUGAUGUGAGACUUCAUUUACGGCGGCAUCUAGUUGCAAAAUUGCAAGCCACUUCUCAUAGUUCUAAUAGUCAUUCUGGAAUUCAGAUCAAAUCUAAGUGUUUGCAUUACCUGCUUUUUCUUUAUCCAGAGUCUGAUGUCCUUGUUAAAUACCAGAAUAUUCAGCAUCAUUUUGUAGUUGAACAUCUUCAUAACUACAGAGGGAGAAAUGCUGAAAAUAUACUUGGGGCUUACCAGAAUGCUGUUCCCAAGCUAUACACAAGGAUAAAAGAGGAUAUGUUUGUUUUAAGCCGUGUUAUAGACUCUUCAUUAAUUAUUAAGUUUAUCAAUGAGACUUUCUUUGAAACCAUCACAGAAGAGAUGAAAACAUUCUUUGAAAUACUUUGUGAAACUGGCACAGAGGAGCAGGCUCUCCAGCCACCCAGACUCAACAAGAAGAAGCACAAACAGAGAGUCCAUGCCCUUGCUGUUACCAUAGAAGACAAUCAGAGAAAAUCUGGAGGCACAACUUUACAGCUAAAUCAGCUGAAAUUAUUGUCCAGAUUCAUCAAACUCUUCCUGUGGCUUGAAGAGGAAGUAGAAAAAUCAAGUUCUGAGAUCCUCUUUCUUUCAUGUUACCCAGAAUUAAAGGGACAUGUAUCAGAUAUGUGCAGUAAUUCAGAGUGA